AAAAUCUGUCUUAGUGUCACUAUUACAUAUACUUCACAAAAAAUUUUUCUUCAAUGGAGAGUUCCAUAAGACCAGCUGAUAGUUACAUUAGUGACUCAUUACUGACACCAGUAAAACUACGCUUGAAUAAUGAGAAUAAGUUGGCACGUAAACCCCAAACAGUUCCACAGUUUUUCAGGGAAUGCUGUUUGAAGUUUGGAACAUUUAAAGCGCUAUCCUAUAAUUAUAGUGAAGGUGCAGAGAAUGAAUGGACUACCGUGUCAUACGCGCAGUACGAAAACAAAGUAGAGCAAGUGGCGUUGGCUUUAAUACAUGUAGGUCUGAAACCGCGCACCUCUGUCGGUAUACUUGCUUUUAACUGUCCUGAAUGGUUCUACACAGAGUAUGGUACUAUACUUGCUGGAGGUGUAGUAGCUGGUAUAUAUUUAACUAAUUCGACGGAAGCAGUUUUUCACGUACUUAGCACUUCGGCAGCAACCGUUUGCAUUGUAGAUGACGCAGAACAGAUGGCAAAGGUGCGUUCAAUAAAAUCACGAUUGCCGCUUUUAAAUGCUGUUAUUCAGAUACAUGAGCCUUUUGAUGAUUUUGUGGGUGUUGAUCAAGGUUAUUAUCGUUGGAAUGACUUGAUGCAAAUGCAGUUUACAUACGAACUUGCAGACGAACUUAUACAACGUGAAAAUAAUGUCUUCGCUAAUGAGUGCGCGAUGCUAGUUUACACUUCUGGAACAACAGGUUUACCGAAGGGUGUAAUGCUUUCACAUGAUGCAAUAGUUUCAUCUGGUAGAAGUUUGAUCGCGACUCUAGACAAGAUAGAACAGGGUGAGGAGCGCUUAGUUUCCUUUUUGCCACUUAAUCAUGUAGCUGCACAAUUUUGUGAUGUUAUUUUUAAUAUGGCACUGGGAGGUUGUGUAUACUUUGCCGAUCGAAAUGCAUUAAAAGGGACUCUAAUUACUACACUCAUUAAAGUGAGACCAACUGUAUUUUUCGCUGUACCACGCGUAUACGAGAAAUUUCAGGAGAAAAUUUUAGCUGUUGAGGAAAAUUCCUCGUACAUAACGAAAUACUUACUAAAUAAAUGCAGAACAGUCGUUCAAAACUAUCACCUAAAUCGUAUGCAAGGGAACCCUUCUUCUACCAUCGCGUAUUGGCUUGCAAUGCGUGUUGUUGGUAAGGUUAAAAGUGCUUUAGCCCUUGAAAAUUGCAAAUAUUUAUUGAUUGGUGGUGCUCCAAUUUCCGUGGACCUAAAAAAAUUUUUUCUUAGUAUUGAUAUGCCACUUUCCGAUUCCUACGGUUCGUCAGAAAUUGGUGUUAUUUCCACAGAUAUAAAUCUCACUAAUCUGCACAGUACUGGUAUGGCCACUGUAGGUACAGAGCUUCGAAUUGAUGCACCUGAUGAGAAUCAAAUCGGUGAGAUUUGUGCCCGCUCUCGUAAUAUAUUUAUGGGAUAUUUGGAUGAUAUGGAGAGUACUGAAAAAGUAAUUGAUUCACAGGGCUGGUUGAAAACUGGUGAUAUGGGUAGAAUUGACUGUGAAGGCAAUUUGCUUAUUUCUGGACGACUUAAAGAGAUAAUAGUAACGGCUGGUGGAGAAAAUAUACCACCGGUGUAUAUAGAAAAUCUUAUAAAGAGAGAAUUACCAUAUAUAAGUAACGCAAUGCUUGUAGGUGAUAGAAGAAAAUAUCUUACUGUUCUUUUGACUCUAAAGACCAAUAUAGAUAAUACCACAGGCUUACCGAGUGAUAUGCUAAGUGAGGAAACAAUCAAUUGGCUGACCUCUUUAGACUUGAACUAUACUAAGUUAUCUGAGGUUCUAAACAUACCUAAUGAUAUAAAAAAAGAGGAUCUACUGAAAGUGAAAAUAACACUACAUCCUAGAAUCGUGAAGUCUAUUGAAGAAGGCAUAUCUCGUGCUAAUAAACAAGCUAUAUCAAAUGCACAAAAGGUACAUAAAUUCUCCAUCUUACCACAGGAUUUUUCAGUCGUAUCAGAAGAGCUAGGUCCAACAUUGAAGAUUCGACGAAGUGCUGUUUUGUUAAAAUAUGCCGACAUUAUAGAAAAUAUGUAUCAAUAACGCCACAUCGCAUGAAUGAAAAAAAUUGACACAAUUUUUGGACAUUUUCAAAAUGAUCUUCCAUAUAUUCUGAGCA